UCGCAGAAACGGAAAAGAGAAGACAAGCCGGCGGAGCCGGGCGCCAGCGUACCACUGAGAGGCCCGGGGGGCCCCUCCUCCUAGAGCGGCGCCGGAAGGGACGGACCCUUGCGGUGGGCGUGGCGGCCCGGCGGCUCGGCUGGCCGGUUGGGGAGCGCUGGCGCGCGCUGGCGCGGGGGGUCGGGCUGCGCUGGGGCUGGGUGAGGGGCACGUCGGUUCCUGGGCCCCCGCCCUCCAUCCAGGGACUCGCCGGUUCCCUCCGGCGUCGCUUGCGCCCGCCCCCUCGGCCCAGGGCGGCGGCCUCUCCUUCGCCUCCCGGGCGCCGCGGGGAGGAGGGCGAGGAGCAGCGAGGAGCGGAUCGAGGUGAAGGCGGCGCCCCGGGGCCCUGCACGCUUGGUCGACGAGGCCCCGUCGUUGGCGGGGGCGCAUCGUGCUGCCCCUCGGGGCCCCUUUCGUCGGCCUCGACCCAGCUCGUGGCUGCUGGCAGGCGGGGGGCCCAGCGGACUGUUGGGGUGCAUGUGUGCCUUUGUAUCCCAAACCCGCUCGUAAUUCAGGCUCCCCUGAAACCCAGGCUUCUGAAGGCGGGGGGACGGGCCAGCCUGAGUGGGGUUUGCGGGGACCCAAAGCUUGCAGUUCAGGAGGCCUGGCCCAGGGAGGAAAGGAGCUACUCCGAAGUUGCACAGCGGGCACAGCACCCCAGCCCUUGCGCCCGGUGGAUUGAGCGCCUGUGUGGCUGCGGCAGGCACCCCUGUGUACAGGCCUGGGAAUUCGGGGACCAUGACCUCGGGCCUACUCCGGUUUUGGCUCUUGGAUAACGUGGUGUGCUCUUUGUCAUCAGGCACCUGCCAGCCUGAAUUGGGCAGAUGAGACGAAUAUCUAGAAUGAUUCCUGAGCGCUGAUACGUGCUGGCUGUGGCCUCGUAGCCAGGGAUGCAGGGAUGAAAUAGUCCUUGCCCUCAGGGAAACCGCGGCCUCGGUGCCAGUCUCGGCAGGAGCCUGGAGCGCAGAGGAACCCCACGCAGGCCCUCCAGCGGGUGGGAACAGGGUUGAGGGCGCUUUCAUAGUGGUUCUUGGUUUUCCUCAGUUUCCUACUGAAGCUAGACAGCAGCCUGUGACUCCAGUGUCCUUGCCUGGUGCUGUGGUCCUCUGCCCUCCCCAGCAGAGGGCCCCCCGUUUCUGCAUGCUUCCUGCAGCCCCGAUGAGCUUCCCGUACCUCAGGUCAGGCUCCCACCUUAUGCAGAGAGCAGUCUCCUCCCAGAACCUGCUUCCAGUAGAGCCUUCGGGGCAACAUAGGCCUGAAUCCAAACGAAGUGUACAGCCGGACUCUCAAACUCCUUGUCGUGAGGGGGAAUCUCCACGGUCAUUUUAUCAUUGCCUCUGCAGCAGGGAGGAGAGGAAAGCCCAAGCACGAGGGUCGGUGGCGUCCUCUCUCUGGCACAGCCUUCCUGCUCCAGAGCUCUCGUUACAAGCUCAGAAAAAUGAAGAGCUGUGGCUAAAGUGAGAGCUUUCAGAAGAAGUGGAGGGUCUGGCCCCUGGCCUUUCUCCUUAGCCCUUCCUGGCUUCCAGUGGCCCUUCCUCUCUCCUGGGAACAAAAAGAUGGAAAAGCCCACGGGCAAAAAGAAGGCACAGACCCCAAAGGAAGGAGGAGAGUUGCUAAAGGGCACUCCCAAAGGAGAGGAAGCCCCUGGGGAGAAAAGGGUGCACAAGAGGCCCGCUCUGGCAAAGAAGCACAAGGAGGCCAGCCUGGGUCCCGAAGAUGAAGAGCAGUUUGAUGCUUUCGAUGCUUCAUUUAAAGAUGACUUUGAGGGGGCUCCUGUGUUCAUUCCUUUUCGGAGGAAGAAGCCCUACGAGUGCAGCGAGUGUGGACGCGUCUUCAAGCACAAGACAGACCACCUUCGCCACCACAGGGUUCACACGGGAGAGAAGCCCUUCAAGUGUGAGCAGUGUGGGAAGACGUUCAGGCGCAGCUCCGAUGUCACCAAACACCAGAGAAUCCACACUGGAGAGAAGCCCUUUAAAUGCACCGAGUGCGGGAAGGCCUUUAACUGCGGCUCCAAUCUCCUAAAACAUCAGAAAACGCACACUGGAGAGAAGCCGUACGAGUGUAAGGAAUGUGGGAAAACCUUCGCCUACAGCUCAUGUCUCAUUCGCCACUGGAAGCGUCACCCACGGAAGAAGCACUGAGUGCGGGGAGGCUGUCUGCCGAGAUGC